CGGGGAUGUCCCGCGGCGCGCACGGCGCAUGUGCGUUGCCCGGGGUAGCCCAGGUAGCCAAAGUGGCUGCGGUUUGGGAGGGACGGAGUGACCCAGGGCCCGGCCCGGGGUCCGAGGGGAGAGGCCAUGAGGGCCGUGCUGACCUGGAGAGAUAAGGCGGAGCAGUGUAUAUAUGACCUUGCAUUUAAGCCCGACGGAACUCAGCUGAUUUUGGCUGCAGGAAACAGAUUACUGGUUUACGACACUUCUGAUGGGACCUUAAUUCAGCCGCUGAAAGGACACAAGGACACAGUGUAUUGUGUGGCCUAUGCUAAGGAUGGCAAGCGUUUUGCUUCUGGAUCAGCUGACAAAAGUGUUAUCAUCUGGACAGCAAAACUGGAAGGUAUUCUGAAAUACACACACAAUGAUUCCAUACAAUGCGUCUCCUACAACCCUGUUACCCACCAGUUGGCAUCUUGUUCCUCCAAUGACUUUGGAUUGUGGUCUCCUGAGCAGAAGUCUGUCUCUAAACAUAAAUCAAACAGCAAAAUUACCUGCUGCAGCUGGACAAAUGAUGGUCAGUACAUUGCUCUGGGGAUGUUCAAUGGCAUCAUCAGCAUCCGGAAUAAAAAUGGGGAGGAGAAGGUGAAGAUUGAGCGGCCAGGAGGAGCUCUGUCCCCUAUCUGGUCCAUCUGCUGGAACCCUUCCAGCCGAUGGGAGAGUUUCUGGAUGAACAGAGAAAAUGAGGAAGCCGAGGAGGUCAUUGUCAACAGAUAUUUUCAGGAAAUACCUUCUGCUUUGAAGUCAGCCGUGUACAGUAGUCAGGGUAGUGAGGCAGAGGAGGAGGAGCCUGAGGAAGAAGAGGACAGUCCCAGGGACGACAACUCGAACGGGCUAAAAAGAAUAAAUCAGGAUAAUCAGGAGAAGCAAACGUGCUUGGUUGUGCCACACAGUCACUGCAUUUAUUGGGAACAAGAUGAACAUAAUGACAUCCUGGCUGUGGCUGACUGGGGGCAGAAACUCUCCUUUUACCAACUGAGUGGCAAACAGGUUGGGAAGGAUAGGUUACUGAACUUUGAUCCCUGCUGCAUUAGCUAUUUUACCAAAGGAGAAUAUAUUUUGCUUGGAGGAUCAGACAAACAAGUCUCUCUCUUCACCAAAGAUGGAGUGCGCCUUGGGACUAUAGGGGAUCAGAAUUCCUGGGUGUGGACGUGUAAAGUUAAACCGGAUUCCAAUUACGUGGUGAUUGGCUGCCAGGAUGGGACAAUUUCCUUCUAUCAGCUCAUUUUUAGCACAGUGCACGGGCUCUAUAAGGAUCGUUACGCCUACAGGGACAGCAUGACGGAUGUGAUUGUCCAGCACCUGAUCACGGAGCAGAAAGUUCGGAUCAAGUGCAAAGAGCUGGUGAAGAAGAUCGCCAUCUACAAAAACCGGCUGGCCAUUCAGCUGCCCGAAAGAAUCCUGAUCUAUGAGUUGUACUCGGAUGACUCCUCAGACAUGCAUUACCGAGUUAAGGAAAAGAUCGUCAAGAAAUUUGAGUGCAACCUCCUGGUGGUGUGCUCCGAUCACAUCAUCCUCUGCCAGGAGAAAAGGCUGCAGUGUUUGUCUUUUGGAGGGGUGAAAGAAAGGGAGUGGCAGAUGGAAUCCCUCAUCCGUUACAUCAAGGUGAUCGGGGGCCCUCCUGGAAGAGAAGGCCUUCUAGUUGGCCUGAAGAACGGCCAGAUCCUAAAGAUUUUUGUGGACAAUCUGUUUGCCAUCGUCCUGCUCAAGCAGGCCACGGCCGUGCGGUGCUUGGACAUGAGUGCAUCCCGAAACAAGCUAGCCGUGGUGGAUGAAAACGAUACUUGCCUGGUGUAUGAUAUUCACACCAAGGAACUGCUUUUUCAGGAACCAAAUGCUAACAGUGUGGCCUGGAACACUCAGUGCGAGGACAUGCUCUGCUUCUCUGGAGGUGGCUAUCUCAACAUCAAAGCCAGCAACUUCCCGGUGCACCAGCAGAAGCUCCAGGGCUUCGUCGUGGGCUACAAUGGCUCAAAGAUCUUCUGUCUCCACGUUUUCUCCAUGUCAGCAGUAGAAGUGCCCCAGUCUGCCCCAAUGUACCAGUACCUGGACAGGAAGAUGUACAAAGAAGCCUACCAGAUUGCUUGUUUAGGUGUGACUGAUGCAGAUUGGAGAGAGCUGGCCAUGGAGGCUUUGGAAGGACUGGAAUUCGAAACAGCUAAGAAGUCAUUUACCAGAGUACAAGAUCUCCGAUAUUUAGAACUGAUCAACAGCAUUGAGGAGAGGAAGAAGCGUGGAGAGACCAACAAUGAGCUGUUUCUAGCAGAUGUUUUUGCCUACCAAGGAAAGUUCCACGAGGCUGCUAAACUGUACAAGCGCAGUGGGCACGAGAACCUGGCUUUGGACAUGUACACUGACCUGCGCAUGUUUGAAUACGCCAAGGAUUUCCUUGGAUCUGGAGACCCCAAAGAAACCAAGAUGUUGAUCACCAAACAGGCUGACUGGGCCAGAAACAUCAACGAACCCAAAGCCGCGGUGGAGAUGUACCUCUCGGCGGGGGAGCACAUCAAGGCCAUAGAGAUCAGUGGCGAUCACGGCUGGGUGGACAUGUUAAUUGAUAUCGCCCGGAAACUGGACAAGGCGGAACGGGUGCCCCUGCUGCUGUGUGCACAGUACUUCAAGAAGCUGGACAACCCCGGCUACGCGGCUGAGACCUACCUGAAGAUUGGGGACCUGAAGUCCCUGGUGCAGCUUCACGUAGAGACUCAGCGCUGGGAUGAGGCCUUUGCUUUGGGUGAGAAGCAUCCUGAGUUUAAGGAUGAUGUCUAUGUGCCCUAUGCCCAGUGGUUGGCAGAAAAUGAUCGCUUCGAAGAGGCCCAGAAAGCGUUCCACAAAGCUGGCCGUCAGGGCGAGGCAGUCAGAGUGUUGGAACAGCUCACUCACAAUGCUGUGGUCGAAAGCAGAUUUAAUGACGCAGCGUAUUAUUACUGGAUGCUGUCCAUGCAGUGUCUUGAUAUAGCUCAAGCAGACCAAAGCCAGAAGGAGGAGAUGCUGGUCAAGUUUCACCACUUCCAGCACUUGGCCGAGCUGUACCACGUGUAUCACUCUAUUCAGCGCUAUACGGAGGAGCCCUUCAGUUUUCAUCUUCCUGAAACCCUCUUCAACAUCUCCAGAUUCCUGCUCCAUAGUUUGUCUAAGGAGACACCCUUGGGUAUCUCUAAAGUAAACACGCUGUUCACCCUGGCCAAGCAGAGCAAGGCCCUGGGUGCCUACAAGCUGGCUCGCCAUGCCUAUGACAAACUGCAGGGCCUGCAGAUCCCCGCCAGGUUCCAGAAAUCCAUCGAGCUGGGCAGCCUGACGAUCCGCUCCAAGCCCUUCCACGACAGUGAGGAGCUCGUGCCCUUGUGUUAUAGGUGCUCGACCAACAACCCUCUGCUCAACAAUUUGGGGAACGUGUGCAUCAACUGCCGGCAGCCCUUUGUCUUCUCGGCCUCGUCGUAUGAGGUUUUGCAUCUGGUGGAAUUUUACCUGGAGGAAGGAAUUACUGAUGAAGAAGCUGUGGCUCUCAUUGAUUUGGAGGCCCCCAGGUUAAUCAAGAAGGAGAGAAAAUGGCAAGAAAUAACCAACUCUAAUUCACAGACUUUGAGACUAGACGAGACUGUGGAGCACAUUGAGGAGGACGACCCUUUCACUGCCAAGCUGAGUUUUGAGCAAGGGGGCUCCGAAUUUGUUCCUGUGGUGGUGAACCGGGCGGUCCUGCGGUCCAUGAGCAGGCGGGACGUGCUCAUUAAGCGCUGGCCCAAGCCACUGCAGUGGCAGUACUUCCGCUCCCUCCUCCCCGAUGCUUCCAUCACCAUGUGCCCCUCAUGCUUCCAGAUGUUUCACUCAGAAGAUUAUGAGCUUCUGGUGCUUCAACACAACUGCUGUCCAUACUGUCGGAGGCGUAUCGACGAACCGAAUCAGUGACCCCUCUCUGCCCCUCCUCGCUCUGGCCCCAGCAUCUCCCCCGGCACGCCCUCCCAGUUAUCUGAAAAUCCUGCCUUUGUUAUUCCCAGAUAUUUUCAGAUUUGCAAGAUAUUUAUAUGAAAAAGAAGAAACGGUUAAAACCAUCAAAAUAUUUUCUGUCCAGAUGAAAUUUUUUAUUGGUUGGGGUGGGGGUGGGGAGGAAAGUGUAACUACGGAAUUUCUAUUUAUGGCAUUUUCCGCUUUGUAAAUAGCACCAUGAAAUGGAAAAGAGAAUGUACAUAUAUUUUCUAUUAAAAAAAAUCUGUUACUCUUUAAGUUGAUUGGAGUUGUUCAUAGCAGCCUGCUGGAGUCCACAGAUCUGUCAGACCAUUAGCAUGUACACUUUGCGAACAGAUUGCCUCAAUAAUUACAAAUAAAAGGGCUACUUAUUUUCA